UUGCCUGGAGCGCGGGGAGGAGCGAAGGGGCCUUGAGGGCUCCGUGAAACUGUGGGUCUGGCGGCCCGCGGCAGAAGCGACCGUGGCUCGCUGGCCGGAGACGGAGUAGUGUUCCCAGAACUGCCGGAGGAGUCGGCCUAAAGGACAGACAGACGGACGGCAGGGAGGGCCAGCAUGCACCUACUGUUGCACCCCGCCUGGCCGCUGCUCCUCGGCGCCACGCUGACCUUCCGGGCACUCCGGCGCGCGCUCUGUCGCCUGCCUCUGCCCGCUCACGUGCGCUCCGACCCCCUGCGCACCUGGCGUUGGCAUAACCUACUCGUCUCCUUCACCCACUCCAUUGUAUCAGGGAUCUGGGCACUGCUGUGCAUAUGGCAAACCCCUGAAAUGCUGGUGGAGAUUGAGACGGCAUGGUCACUUUCUGGCUACUUGCUUGUGUGCUUCUCCGCAGGGUACUUCAUCCACGACACGGUGGACAUCGUGCUUAGUAAACAGACUAGAGCUUCUUGGGAAUACCUUGUUCAUCAUGUGAUGGCUAUGGGCGCCUUCUUCUCUGGCAUCUUUUGGAAAAGCUUUGUUGGUGGGGGCGUCUUAACACUCCUGGUGGAGGUCAGCAACAUCUUCCUCACACUGAGGAUGAUGAUGAAGAUAAACAACGCACAGCAUCUCCUCCUGUACCGCAUCAACAAGUAUGUCAACCUGGUCAUGUACUUUCUCUUCCGCCUGGCCCCCCAAGUCUACCUCACCAAGUUCUUCCUGCAGUAUGCUGGCGAGAGGACCCUGGGAACAUUUUUGUUGGUCAUCUUGCUCAUGCUGGACUUGAUGAUCCUCAUCUACUUUUCCCGCCUCCUUCGCUCGGAUUUCUGCCCUGAACGUGCUCCCAGCCGCCAACACAAAGACAAAUUCUUGACUGAGUGAGAAAGGAUAACCCAGGACAUGUGGCAGGGACAGCAGCAAGCACAGCCAACAGCUUUGUAACAAACUAGGACUCUUGUCUGCCUCAAGCCUGGGUGUAUUCUGGGACAGCUUUUCCACCUUAAGCCUACACCCACACUAUUGAAAACACUAAUGAAAGCUCUUCUCUGAAGUCUUCUUGGGCAAGGGGUGAGGGAAGCAGACCAACCGGUUGGACACGGUAGGAUGGGUGAGGACGAGACACUGUCCAAAAGCCAGUCAACCCACACCACCCUGAAAUGGAUGCUGGCGACUCUAAAAUAACCCCUCUGCUCUUCCAAACUCUGGUAUUGGUUUCACAACAGGCUUUCCCAGGGAUAAAGGAAGGAACUCUUGUAAAGUUUGUGCUCUGAACCUCUGAUGGGGGUAUGCCCCAGGACAACUAACACUGAAGUAAUAAAUACCUCUGGUACCUAGGCAUGAAGGCUCUAAGAGUAGCAUCGUGGUUCCAAUGGAGUAAAUAGAUUUAUAUUUUGCUCAGAGCUGGGAAAACACUUCCCAGCACCCACCCCAUAUAAGCAUAUACCUUAGUGUACACCGCAGUACAGCAAUGUCAGCAGCCCAACCAGAAAGUGAAAAAAAAAAAAAGACAAGCAGCAUUAUUUAUGGUGAAAAAGUGUAUAUUUAGAAUUAGCUGGCUGGGCUCAGUUUAGAUGAUUCCAAUCUGAAAAACAACAAGGAGCUGUGAUUGUGGAGCUGUAAUUGUUUAAGGUUAAAGGAGCUGGGAUGGCAAGAUGGAGAAAGUGGGGAAUACAGGCAGACCGAGCGUAGACACAGAACAGAUUGGACAGGAUGCUUACCUUGUUGGCAACAUCCAGAGCAUCAUAAUCAGGAGCCAACCGAACAUACGCCUUCUUCUCUCCAUCGGGCCUGAGUGGAGAAGGAAGCCUCAAAGUUGAGUGCUCUUACACCCCCAAGCCCUCCACAUUCCUCCCCUCCUCCCUCGCUGCAUCAGUGGUUCCUUUGCUGGUGUCAUUCUUUUCCAAACAUUUGAGUUUUCCAUCAUUUGCGCAAAGGGGGGUAAGGGUCACCAAGAAACCACGGGAUAGUUAAGUAAAAAGUAAACCGACACAGCCCUUCCUGCCUGGCCCCACUCACCUUAUGAGGGUGUUGACUUUGGCCACAUCGAUGUCAUAGAGUUUCUUCACAGCCUGUUUGAUCUGGUGCUUGUUGGCCUUGACGUCCACAAUGAACACAAGUGUGUUGUUGUCUUCUAUCUUCUUCAUGGCUGACUCGGUGGUCAGGGGGAAUUUGAUGAUGGCA